UAGAGAAUCUAGAUCUCCAAUGGACAAUACAAUAACAAUAUUUUUUCUAUUUAUUAGGACUUACCCUCCAAAGGUUUUUCUUCGUUGUUGCAGAGGAACCGUGUUCUCUAAUCUUGUAAUUUUCUGUGUCGCUUCGUGGUUCAUUCUUCUCGUUCUUGUGAUCCGUUCUAUUUUGGAGUACUUACAACACUCCUUUGCAAGUUUAAUUAAUUAAAGAGGCUAAUCAAUUUUCAAUUGGACUGCAGCAGAUGGCUGAGGAGGGUUGCAGGGUUACUCUAAAUGUUUAUGACUUGAGCCAAGGACUAGCACGGCAGCUUUCAAUGUCCUUUUUGGGGAAAGCUAUUGAAGGCAUAUGGCACACAGGAGUUGUGGUUUAUGGUAAUGAGUAUUACUUUGGUGGUGGCAUACAACAUUCUCCUGCUGGAUUAACACCAUAUGGAACUCCACUUAGAGUGGUAGACUUAGGUGUGACACAUGUUCCCAAGGAUGUUUUCGAAAUGUAUUUACAGGAAAUCAGUCCGCGAUACCUGCCUGAAACAUAUAGUCUGCUUACUCACAAUUGCAACAACUUCAGCAAUGAGGUUGCUCAAUUUUUGGUUGGUGCGUCCAUUCCUGAAUAUAUUCUCCAGCUCCCCAAUGAGGUGAUGAGCAGCCCAAUGGGAGCCCUUAUAUUGCCUAUGAUACAGAACUUGGAGACAACACUGAAAUCUGGUGCAGUUCCUCAAGUACCUCAAUUCAGGCCUUCAACUACCCUGAAUGCUUCAGCUAAUACCCAAAAAAACUCUAGUAUCUCCAACUCAUCCACUGAGAAUGUUGUGAGCAGAGAGGUGAACAAGGAAGUGAAGGGCAAAGAUGAAAAGGCAGCAUCACCUUCUGCAAAGCCAGCAGGGGAACCCCAGAAGUCAUCACCAAAUGGGGUCACAGCAGAUCCUCUUGGAGAUGCACGCAACAAGGUUCAAGAUGAGAUUCUCAAAGAAUUUGCUGCAAUCAUGGCUAGUGGGACAAUGCGUGCUAGUGAGGCUGCAGCUCUAGCCACUAAAAGAGUCAUGCAAAGAUACGGCCAUACUACUGCCGUGUCUCAGAAUUAGCUACUUUUCUUCAUCAUUCUGACGAUUUGUGGGUCUAAAAUCCCUACAUACUAUCACUGCGCAAUUGCAGUGUUUCAUAUCAUUGGUUAUUAUUUGAACCGGGGAAAACAUGAUCAACUUGUAACAUCUAUUCUAUGAGGAGACUACUUUAUUGGUAAUGUGUAUGUCGGAUUAAGUGGAUUCGAGUGAAAUGUUGAUCAGGGGAGUCAUUUCGACAUAUUUUCUGGAAUAUAACUCUUGGAUUAUAAGUUUUUAAGAAGGCUCUUUUCACGUGGCAGAAAAGAAGUAUAUAAAGUGGUUUUAAUGGUA